AGCUGAAGGGACCGGGGCGCGCGGGAGGCGCGCAGAGCUCUCCGGCAGCCCGCGCUCGCCGCGCCUGGGGAAUUGGCUGUGGGCGAGGCGGCCCCGGCUGGCCUUUAUCGCUCGCCCCGCUGGUCGCUUGAAACUUUAUCAGCGAGUCUCGCCACUCGCCGCAGACGCGAGCGGGGGGCGGGGGCGCGGCAAGGCGCCGGCGGCCGUGACGAGGCGCUCCCGGCGCUGAGCGCUUCUGCUCCGGGCACGCAUGGCGCCCGCACACGGAGUCUGACCUGAUGCGGACGCAAGGGGGUUAAUAUGAACGCCUGUCUCGGUGGAAUCUGGCUCUGGCUCCCUCUGCUCUUGACCUGGCUCAGCCCUGAGGUCAGCUCUUCAUGGUGGUACAUGAGAGCUACAGGGGGCUCCUCCAGGGUGAUGUGUGACAAUGUGCCAGGCCUGGUGAGCCGCCAGCGGCAGCUGUGCCACCGACACCCGGACGUGAUGCGUGCCAUCGGCCUGGGCGUGGCCGAGUGGACAGCAGAGUGCCAGCACCAGUUCCGCCAGCACCGCUGGAACUGCAACACCCUGGACAGGGAUCACAGCCUCUUCGGCAGGGUCCUGCUUCGAAGUAGCCGGGAAUCUGCCUUUGUUUACGCCAUCUCCUCAGCUGGAGUUGUAUUUGCCAUCACCAGGGCCUGUAGCCAAGGAGAAUUAAAAUCCUGUUCCUGUGACCCAAAGAAGAAGGGAACCGCCAAGGACAGCAAGGGCACUUUCGACUGGGGUGGCUGCAGUGAUAACAUUGACUAUGGGAUCAAGUUUGCCCGAGCCUUUGUGGACGCCAAGGAAAGGAAAGGAAAGGAUGCCAGAGCCCUGAUGAAUCUUCACAACAACAGAGCCGGCAGGAAGGCUGUAAAGCGGUUCUUGAAACAGGAGUGCAAGUGUCAUGGCGUGAGCGGCUCAUGUACCUUGAGGACCUGCUGGCUGGCCAUGGCCGACUUCAGAAAAACGGGCGAUUAUCUCUGGAGGAAGUACAACGGAGCCAUCCAAGUUGUCAUGAACCAGGAUGGCACUGGUUUCACUGUGGCUAACAAGAGGUUUAAAAAGCCGACGAAAAAUGACCUCGUGUAUUUUGAGAAUUCUCCAGACUACUGUAUCCGGGACCGAGACGCAGGUUCCCCGGGUACAGCAGGCCGUGUGUGUAACCUGACUUCCCGAGGCAUGGACAGCUGCGAAGUCAUGUGCUGUGGGAGAGGCUAUGACACCUCCCGCGUCACCCGGAUGACCAAGUGCGAGUGUAAGUUCCACUGGUGCUGUGCUGUGCGCUGCCAGGACUGCCUGGAGGCCCUGGACGUGCACACGUGCAAGGCCCCGAAGAGCCCCGACUGGGCGGCUCCCACAUGACCCCAGCGGAGGUCACCAUCCACCUUCCCUCCCACAAGGACUCCAUUGGAUCUGCAAGGAUGCUGGCCUCUUGGGUUCCCUCUGGGAGAUGUUUCUUUAGGCACGUGGCCUUUGUCUCUGUGGAAGCCUCUUCCCACUCCCUGGGGGCCCAGGACGGGGCCCCCAGGCUGCACAUUAAGCAUGCCCUAUUUUCUCCGACUUCCGGCAUCCCAAGGCUCGUCUCUCCCUGGUCGUGACAGGCUGUUAGAGGGGGGAGGGGUGGUGGGCCCAGACCACUGUCUCUACCCACCUAGACAUUUCCUCUUCUAGAACAGUUGGCCAGAGGGAAAAAGAGUGUCUCAAAGGAGCUUCCUCUGUGUUUUCCAACAAAUGUUCACAGUUAAGAAAUUCCAUACUUCUGUCCGGAGGGUAAAGUAUAGAAAGCAGGAUAAACCCCUACUGAAUUAACUUUAAUUCUUGAAAAGACCAAGCAAGGCUUUUGCCUGAUCAAGUGAUUUUUCACAGCCACCACCUCGGGGGUGAUUGGUAAUUGGCUGGAGAAAAAUGGCUUUCAAUAAACUUUAGGUUUCAAAUGCACGCAUUUCAAGGCAUUUGUUGCCAUAUUAAAAGCUGAUGUGACAAGGUGGGUCUGUUGUCUUUUGGUACAGUUUGGAGUCUGUGCAAUAGCAAAAGCCUCAGAAAGUGAUUGCUUUGCAUUGCUGUCCACUCAAUAUAAAGAACUUUUUAGGGAAUGAGAUCACUUAGAAUCUGAAGGGAAUUUAAAAGAAAACUGAUGAUCUGGCAGUAUUCUGUAACUGUUGGGUGAAGAUGGAGGAAAGUAACCUAGUGAGUGGAAUGCCAGAAAACACAUCUGUACAGAUAAGGGGGAAGGGGGGGAAUGAAAUUCCUACCUGGUGUGAUGCUUGUGGCCCAUGGAAUUCUGUAACUGAAAUGGCUUUAAGAAUGAAAACUUUGGGGAUGACAAGACCAGGGAACCAAAAUGCUGACAGAGAGGUUUCCGGAGCGAGGUCAUGCCUGGACAGCCCCUAUCGUAAGUGGACAACUAAAAGAAGUCGGCCAUGUGCGCAAAGGGGCAUCACCUAGUUCCUGUCACCCUUCAAGCACAUUGUAAAGACCUGUCAUAUUUAAUUGUGUUCAUUUGACGCUUACAAGAUGACAAGAUACCAUAGCCUAAAGCCAAUAACACAUAGCCUUGCUUAUAAAGUUGGUAACCCUAGUGUAUUAUAUUGCAAACAAAUUGUAACUUGGAGACUAUAUUUAAGGGACCCAGCUGUAAUUAUGGGAACAUCAAUAUGCAAAUUGUGGCCGGCUUCUGCCCUAAACCGAAAGAUGACAUACAAGGAAAAUGGAGAGGCUGCCUGCCCCAUUUUAUCAGAUGAAAGAUGUAUCAAAUGAAAGAAAGGUGAAAUACACGAAGGU